AUGAGUGAUGCAGAGAUGGAGAUCUUCGGGGUGGCGGCCCCAUACCUCCGCAAAUCUGAGCGUGAGAGAAUCGCGGCUCAAAACGCGCCAUUUGAUGCUAAAAUCGCCGUCUUUGUUCCUGAGCCAAGGCAGGAAUACGUGAAGGGGAAAAUCUUAAACCAAGAAGGCACCAAGGUCACCGUGGAGACCCAGGACCGCAAGGUGAUCGUUGUGCACCGGGAUGACGUUCGCCCCAUGAACCCGCCCAAGUUCGACAAGAUUGAAGACAUGGCUCUGCUGACGCACUUGCACGAACCCGCGGUCCUCUUCAACCUGAAGGAGAGAUAUGCUGCCUGGAUGAUCUACACGUAUUCAGGUCUCUUCUGCGUCACUGUGAAUCCCUACAAAUGGCUCCCGGUUUACAAUCCUGAGGUGGUGGCUGGAUAUAGAGGGAGGAAACGUCAGGAGGCGCCGCCGCACAUCUUCUCCAUUUCUGACAAUGCUUACCAGUACAUGCUUACAGAUCGAGAGAACCAGUCGAUCCUCAUCACUGGAGAAUCUGGAGCAGGAAAAACAGUCAACACCAAACGAGUGAUUCAGUAUUUUGCCACCAUCGCUUCGGUUGGAGACGCGAACAAGAAAGAGCAGCUUUCAGGGAAAAUACAGGGAACUCUGGAGGACCAGAUCAUCCAAGCCAACCCUCUCCUGGAAGCUUUCGGCAAUGCUAAGACAGUGAGGAACGACAACUCGUCUCGAUUCGGUAAAUUCAUCCGCAUCCACUUUGGAACCAAGGGGAAGUUGGCGUCAGCUGAUAUCGAAACGUACCUUCUGGAGAAAUCCAGAGUGACGUUCCAGCUUCCAGCAGAGCGAAGCUACCACAUCUUCUACCAGAUCAUGUCCAGCAAGAAGUCGGAUAUAAUCGAGAUGCUGCUGAUCACCUCAAACCCAUACGACUAUCCCUUCAUUAGUCAGGGCGAGAUCAAGGUGCUGAGCAUCAAUGACUCGGAGGAGCUGAUGGCCACAGACAGUGCCAUUGACAUCCUGGGCUUCAACACAGAGGAGAAGACAGGGAUCUACAAGCUGACUGGGGCUGUGAUGCACAAUGGGAACAUGAAAUUCAAGCAGAAGCAGCGAGAGGAGCAGGCUGAGCCCGAUGGCACCAAGGUGGCGGACAAGGUGGCGUACCUCAUGGGUCUGAACUCAGCUGACCUUCUGAAAGCCCUAUGCUUCCCCCGGGUCAAAGUGGGGAAUGAGUAUGUGACCAAAGGUCAGACUCCACAGCAGGUAAACAAUGCAGUCGGUGCGCUGUCUAAGGCAGUGUAUGAGAAACUGUUCCUGUGGAUGGUGACACGUAUUAACCAGCAGCUGGACACCAAACUGCCGAGACAGCAUUUCAUUGGCGUCCUGGACAUCGCAGGGUUUGAGAUCUUUGAGAUGAACAGUCUGGAGCAGCUGUGCAUCAACUUCACCAACGAGAAGCUUCAACAGUUCUUCAACCACCACAUGUUCGUGCUGGAGCAAGAGGAGUACAAGAAGGAGGGCAUCGACUGGGAGUUCAUCGACUUCGGCAUGGACCUUGCUGCUUGCAUUGAGCUCAUUGAAAAGCCGAUGGGAAUCUUCUCCAUCCUGGAGGAAGAGUGCAUGUUCCCCAAAGCCACCGACACGUCCUUCAAGAACAAGCUGUAUGACCAACAUCUGGGGAAGAGCGGCAUCUUUCAGAAGCCUAAAUUAUUGCGGGGAAAAUCCGACGCUCACUUCUCUCUCAUGCACUACGCUGGAACGGUGGACUACAACAUCAGCGGCUGGUUAGAGAAGAACAAGGAUCCCCUGAACGACACAGUGGUCCAACUCUAUCAGAAAGCUGCUGUCAAACUUCUGUCGCAACUUUUUGCCUCCUAUGCUUCUGCAGAUGCAGUGGAUGGGAAGAAGUGCUUUAAGAAGAAAGGUUCAUCGUUCCAGACGGUCUCUGCUCUUUUCAGGGAGAACCUGAACAAGCUGAUGGCCAACCUCCGCUCCACCCACCCUCACUUUGUCCGAUGCAUCAUCCCCAACGAGACCAAAACUCCUGGGUCCAUGGAUCACCACCUGGUUCUGCACCAGCUGAGAUGUAACGGCGUCCUGGAAGGAAUCCGCAUCUGCAGAAAAGGAUUUCCCAGUCGUAUCUUGUACGGAGACUUUAGACAAAGGUACAGGAUACUGAACACUAGCGCUAUCCCUGACGGUCAGUUCAUCGACAGUAAAAAGGCCUCAGAGAAGCUGCUCGCCUCCAUCGACGUGGACCACGCGCAGUAUCGCUUUGGAUACACCAAGGUGUUCUUCAAAGCUGGACUCCUUGGUCUCCUGGAGGAGAUGAGGGAUGAGCGUCUGGCGGUUCUGAUGACUCGUAUCCAGGCAGUUGCUCGAGGUUACGUCACCAGACUGAAGCUGAAGGAGCUGAUGAAGAAAAGAGAGUCCAUCUUCAUCAUCCAGUACAAUAUCCGCUCCUUCAUGAAUGUGAAGAACUGGCCGUGGAUGCGUCUCUACUUCAAGAUCAAACCUCUACUGCGCAGUGCUGAGGCAGAGAAGGUGAUGCAGAACAUGAAGGAGGAGUUUUCCCGGCUCAAAGACGAGUUUGCGAAGUCCGAAGCCCGCAAGAAGGAGCUGGAGGAGAAGAUGGUGAUGCUGGUCCAGGAGAAGAACGACCUCCACCUCCAGAUUCAGGCGGAAAGGGAGAACUUGUGCGACGCCGUGGAGCGCUGCGAAGGCCUCAUCAAGAGCAAGAUCCACCUGGAGGCCAAAGUCAAGGAGUUCUCUGAGAGGAUGGAGGAAGAAGAAGAAAUCAACGCUGAUAUCACAGCCAAGAAGAGGAAGCUGGAGGACGAGUGCACGGAGCUGAAGAGAGACAUCGAUGACUUGGAGCUGACCGUGGCCAAAGUGGAGAAGGAGAAAUACGCCGCUGAAAACAAGAUCAAGAACUUGGUGGAGGAGCUGACGACGCUGGAGGACGCUCUGACAAAAUCAUCGAAAGAGUUGAGAGCCCUGCAGGAGGUUCAUCAGCAGGCACUGGACGACCUUCAGGCAGAGGAGGACAAGGUCAACGCUCUCAUGAAGAUCAAGAUGAAGUUGGAGCAGCAGGCGGACCAUCUGGAGGCUUCUCUGGAGCAGGAGAAGAAGAUUCGAGCAGACCUGGAAAGAUCUAAACGUAAACUAGAAGGAGACCUGAAGCUGUUGCAGGAGACAGUGAUGGACAUGGAGAACGAGCGUCAGCAAAUGGAAGAGAGGCUGAAUAAAAAAGACUUUGAAAUCAUCACCUUUCAGUGCAGAGUGGAGGAUGAGCAGGCAUUGGCAUGUCAGCUGCAAAAGAAGAUUAAAGAACUGCAGGCUCGUAUCGAGGAGUUGGAGGAGGAGAUGGAGUCUGAGCGUGCAGCUCGAGCCAAGGUGGAGAAGCAGCGUUCGGAUCUGUCGAGGGAGCUGGAGGAGAUCAGCGAGCGGCUGGAGGAGGCUGGGGGAGCAACUGCCGCUCAGGCCGAGCUCAACAAGAAGCAUGACGCUGAGUUUGCAAGGCUCCGGCGUGAACUGGAGGAGCUGACGUUGCAGCAUGAGUCCAGCGGUGCCACGCUGAGGAAGAAACAGGCCGACAGCGUUGCCGAACUCAGCGAACAGAUCGACAACCUGCAGCGAGUCAAGCAGAAGCUGGAGAAGGAGAAGAGCGAGCUGAAGAUGGAAGUGGACGACAUGGCCAGCAGCAUGGAGAGUGUACUCAAAGGCAAGGCGAAUCUAGAGCGAAUGUUCAGGAGCCUGGAAGACCAAAUGAGCGAACAUAAGCUGAAAGCCGAAGAAACUCAGAGGUCACUGAGUGACUGCGCAGCCCUCAAUGCUCGUCUGCAGACGGAGAAUGUGGAACUCUCACGUCUGCUGGAGGAGAAAGAAGCAACUUUGUCGCAGCUGACCAGAGUGAAACUCGCUGGAAGUCAACAGAUUGGUGAGCUGAAGAGACAGUUGGAUGAAGAAAUAAAGGGUAGAAACGCUGUGGCUCACAGUCUCCAGUCUUCCCGUCACGACUGCGAUCUUCUCCGCGAGCAGUACGAGGAAGAGCAGGAGGCCAAAGGCGAACUGCAGCGUUGCCUGUCCAAGGCCAACAGUGACGUGGCACAGUGGAGAACCAAAUACGAAACGGACGCCAUCCAACGCACGGAGGAUCUGGAAGAGGCCAAGAAGCGGCUGGCCCAGCGGCUGCAGGAGUCAGAGGAGCAAACGGAGGCUUCAAAUGUCAAGUGUUCCUCUCUGGAGAAGACUAAGCAGCGUCUGAAUGCCGAGGUGGAGGACCUGAUGGUGGAGCUGGAGAGGUCGAACGCUGCAAAUACAUCUUUGGAUAAGAAACAGAAAAACUUUGACAAGGUUCUCGCUGAGUGGAAGCAGAAGUUCGAGGAGGUGCAAUUUGACCUGGAGGUUUCUCAGAGAGAGUCCAGAGGUCUGAGCACAGAACUCUUCAAGAUGAAGAACUGCUAUGAAGAAGCUCUGGAUCACCUGGAGAGUGUGAAGAGAGACAACAAGAACCUCCAGGAGGAGGUGUCCGACAUCUCAGAGCAGCUGAGCCAGUCCACUAAGAUGAUCCAUGAGCUGGAGAAAAUGGCCAAACAAGCUGACCAGGAGAAGAGAGACUCUCAGGCUGCUCUUGAGGAAGUUCAGUCCACCCUGGAACACGAGGAGGCCAAAAUCCUGCAUCUCCAGCUGGUGCUGAGCCAGAUCAAGAGUGAGGUGGACAGGAGGGUGGUGGAAAAAGAUGAGGAAAUGGAGCAGCUGAAGAAGAGCCACCAGAGGACAGUGGACAUGCUGCAGAUCACUCUGGACUCCGAGACUCGCAGCCGAAACGACGCUGUCCGUGUGAAGAAGAAGAUAGAGGGCGACCUGAAUGAGCUCGAGGUGCAGCUGGGGCACACGAGCCGGCAGGCAGUUGAAGCGACCAAACAGCUGAGGAACGUCCAGACCCAGCUGAAGGAUGUUCAGGUCCACCUGGACGAGGCAGUCCACAGUGAGGAGGACACCAAGGAGCAGCUGGCCAUCACUGAGCGCCGCAACAACCUGAUGACGGCUGAGAUGGAGGAGAUUAGAGCAGCACUGGAGCAGUCGGAGAGGUGUCGCAAACUGGCUGAGCAGGAAGUGAUCGAUAUCAGCGAGAGGACUCAGCUGCUGCACACUCAGAACACCAGUCUCCUCAACUCGAAAAAGAAGAUGGAAUCCGACCUGGCUCACCUUCAGACCCAGGCGGAGGAAAGUGUCCAGGAGACUCGAAAUGCUGAGGAGAAGGCCAGAAAAGCUGUCACGGACGUGGCCAUGAUGUCUGAGGAGCUGAAGAAGGAGCAGGACACCACCGCUCACCUGGAGAGGAUGAAGAGGAACCUGGAGGUGACUGUGAAAGAUCUGCAGCAGCGUCUGGACGAGGCUGAGCAGUUGGCUCUGAAGGGGGGAAAGAAGGAGCUGCACAAGAUGGAGACCCGGGUGCGAGAACUGGAGAAAGAGUUAGACUUGGAGCAGCAGCGUGGCAGCGAAGCUCUGAAAGGUGUGCGUAAAUACGAGCGGAAGAUCAAAGAGCUGACCUUCCAGGGUGAAGAGGAGAAGAAGAACUCGGCACGGCUACAGGAUCUGGUCAACAAGCUGCAGCUGAAGCUGAAGCUGUUCAAGCGUCAAUGCGAGGAAGCGGAGGAGCAAACAAGCAUCCAUCUGGCCAAGAGUCGCAAGGUGCAGCACGAGCUGGAGGAGGCGGUGGAGCGGGCCGACAUUGCUGAGUCACAGCUCAAUAAGUUACGCGCCAAAAGUCGCGAUUUUGUCGUAAAGGAGUAGAAACGUAGCAUUUCCUGAUGACUGAUUUGAUAAAUCUUUCCAGUCUGACACAUCCAUCCAGGACACAUCGUGCAGCAGCAACAUGUUUAAGAUUUGAAACGUUAUAUUGUGUUGAGUUGUGGCCACUACAAGUUUGUCUCCUAUUAUAUAAAUGUUUUGUUUGACUAACUAAGUCUUUAAAAGCUUGGAUUUAUUUGACAGCCUGUUAAAUUUACCUGUUUAAUCUUCAAAUUCCAUUCACGCAGUGGUCUGAGCUGAUCACUCUUUUGUCCAUAUUCCCAACUGUUUCCUGACCACUUCCACAACUUUGACUUUCAAAAACAUGUUUGGAGUUUCACAUCCAAGUAUGUGAAGUUUGAAUUGUUGACUAACCUCUUCAUGGUUUGGGAAUAAAUCCUUCCUCCUAUCUCCUUGA